AGCCUGCCCCGCAAAGGGAGGUGUCAGGGGCGCGGUUCUCGCUAAUACUCGCGAUGGUUGCAUCCACCACCUCUCGCCCGCCUAGGAGAAGUUCGUUGGCACAGAGGUGGGGCAGAAGGCGGCAGUUUCAGGCGGGUCAGGGCGGAGCUGAAGCGACGGCGGAGGCGGAAGCGGCGGCGUGCAGGGCGGGGAAGGGGGCUGGCCCCAGAAGGAGGAGGAAACCCUGAAAAGAAAACAGCAACAAGCGGAGCUGCUGUGACAGAGGGGAACAAAAUGGCGGCGCCGAAGGGGAGCCUCUGGGUCAGGGCCCAACUGGGGCUCCCGCUGCUGCUGCUGCUGGUCAUGGCCCUGGCCGGGGGUGCGGGAACCGCCUCGGCUGAAGCGUUUGACUCAGUCUUGGGCGAUACGGCGUCUUGCCACCGGGCCUGCCAGUUGACCUACCCCUUGCACACCUACCCCAAGGAAGAGGAGUUAUACGCAUGUCAGAGAGGUUGCAGGCUGUUUUCAAUUUGUCAGUUUGUGGAUGAUGGAAUUGAUUUAAAUCGGACCAAAUUGGAAUGUGAAUCUGCAUGUACAGAAGCAUACUCCCAAUCUGAUGAGCAAUAUGCUUGCCAUCUUGGUUGCCAGAAUCAGCUGCCAUUUGCUGAAUUGAGACAAGAACAACUUAUGUCCUUGAUGCCAAAAAUGCAUCUACUCUUCCCUCUAACUCUGGUGAGGUCAUUCUGGAGUGACAUGGUGGAUUCUGCCCAAAGCUUCAUAACCUCAUCCUGGACUUUUUACCUUCAAGCUGAUGAUGGAAAAAUAGUUAUAUUCCAGUCUAAGCCAGAAAUUCAGUAUGCACAUUUGGAGCAGGAACCUACAAAUUUGAGAGAAUCAACUCUAAGCAAAAUGUCCUCAGAUCUGCAAAUGAGAAAUUCACAGGCACACCGGAACUACCUUGAAGACGGAGAAAGUGAUGGCUUUUUUAGGUGCCUCUCUCUCAACUCUGGGUGGAUUUUAACUACAACUCUUGUCCUCUCGGUAAUGGUGUUGCUCUGGAUUUGUUGUGCAACUGUUGCUACAGCUGUGGAGCAGUAUGUCCCCUCUGAGAAGCUGAGUAUCUAUGGUGACUUGGAGUUUGUGAAUGAACAAAAGCUAAACAGAUACCCAACUUCUUCUCUCCUGGUUGUUAGAUCUAAAACCGAAGAUCAUGAAGAAGCAGGGCCUCUACCUACAAAAGUGAAUCUUGCUCGUUCAGAAAUUUAAGCUUUCUUUUUUAAGAAAAAUGUAAUAGACAUCUAAAUUUUCAUUUCUCAUAGAGCUUUUUAAAAUUAUUUCAUUGGAUAUAGGCCUUAAGAAAUCACUAUGAAAUGCAAAUAAAGUUACCCAAAUCUGUGAA